AUGGCUCCCUGGCUGCGCGUCCUCGAAGCCUACAUGGUGCAAGCCCUGCUCCGCACUCCCGCCUUCCACCGCGCCGUCGAGAAGGUCGUCCGCCAGGUGCACCGCAUCAGGCAUGGAAUCCCGCCGGAGGAACUCGGUGGCACCAAGAUCGAUCAGCCUGGGGAACCUGGUUUCACGAGGCAUUUCGUGCAGGAGCUCAAGACGCAGUUGGGCUAUGCUGAGCAGCAAGAGGCAAAGGGGGUGGUGAAGACGGGAAGGGGCGUAGACGCGAGGCAGCAGAAGAGCACGGUCGUGGAAGAGGAGGGGGCAGAUGGCGCGUGGCAGACCGCGCAAAAGACUGCAAGAGAGGAGCCUAAGAAGGGGUUUACGGGGGAGUAUAUGGAUGCUUUGAGGGAGCAGGUCAAGAAUAAUAAGAAUGGCUGA